GUUGAAGCUGAGUGUGACGCACCAUCGGCAAAUGCCGCAUCGGUGUUUACGAGUCACACUCAAUGCGCCUUGACCCUUCUCUAUCGUCCACUGCCUUCACGAGCUUGCGAAGCGCACGCGCAGCUCUUGAAUAAGUCUUGUGUGGACCCUUCAUAUCUAAGUAUCCUCCCGCUCAUGCCUGGAUUUCUAUCGUUCAGAGAAUCCAUCCGCUGGCUGCCGGAUGAGGCCUCCGAGCCUACGGUGACGGUCGUACUAUCUGGCAAGGAAACCGGCGCCUUCGUCGACGUGCGCUUCCUCAAGAACAGCACUUAUAUCUUGGACUGGGCUUUCGCAGGGUUUCGUCAUGCUGAUGGCCCCAACCGUGCCCGCUUUGAGCAUUUGAUUGACUCGCGAACUCUGGAUCCCUCCUCUGUAUCUGACAGCGGAACGACCACGUCUCUCCCUGGCGGGCGUAGUCUCGAGCGCGGUGCAAUGGUCAAUCCAGCGACAGGUACGGUCACCGAAUUUGAAGAGAUCUGGCAAGAAGAGGAAGCACCGGGUGCCAUCAUCGUACGUCGGCGGGACGGCGGCGUGUGGAAAGCGUACGUCGGCAGGUGGCAACUAGAGGUCGGGCGCGAUGAGCGGGGAUGCUGGGCGUGGCAGGCUAGGCAGGCUGAGGGAGGGCAGUGGGAGAUCCUACGUAGGACGGAGAACGCACCAGCAGCGGAAGUUCUGCCGUUCGGGCACGCGAAGCUGGUUGAGUGGGCGGGUGAGGACUGGGAGAUACUUGAAUCUAGCUGAAAGGCACGUACUCCAUGGUCCAUCGACCGCCUUUAGGAAGUCUCCAUGCAUGACUCAACUCUCCAUGCUCUCCAUGGAGUCAACAAAAGGAAGAUGCUGGAAUGGCAAUCCCUAAGGUGCUGGCCGUCCCGAUGUAUGAUGGUCCGGGCAGCGGAGGACUAUCCCCCAAAUCGGAAACGGAACAAUAGACUAUUACUUCUAGUAGCCAGCAUUUGAUACGAUCAUACGACCGACUCGUGACCAUACAACGG